AUGAAUACCACCUUGAAUUCUUUCCAACCUUCGUCGCAAUCCUCUUCGGCUUCCUCGACCUUCCCGUCCGCCUCCAACUCGGGUGGUCUUAGCUCUUCCAACACCUUCGGCGCGGUCACACAGCAACCUCCACCACCUUAUCAUUCCUCCCAUCUCCCCGCGGAUUUGGCUGUCCCUGCCGGUGCAACCUCCCUGCAACAACCCCCCGCCUCGGCAUAUCUCGCACAGCCCGCCAUGGCCCAAACCCAGCCUCUUACUCAAAAUUUCUCCAAUCUCGCGGGCGCUCCCGGUCUGCCUGCAAUGUCACAACCGGUAGAGCUAGACCCUCGGCUGGAAGCCGAGGCUCCUUCAUCUACCCACCAGCCUGCUGCCGGGCAUUAUCCUCACCAAGUCAGCGGGUCCGGGGGUCCAACCGCGACGGCGCCCUUUUUACAGGAUUUCAGCCUGGUUGCCGAGGCGGCCAAGCGGGCGCAAUUGUCCAUCGUCAUGCGGGACUUGGAAAGUGUGACGCUCUAG